AAACAAAAUACAUACCUUUUAAAAAUGAUGAAAAUUAAUGAAAAAAAUGUUUGCUCGUUUGCAACGUCAGCAACGCCUGUUGAUCGUGAGGGAUGGUUAACUAAACGUGGUGAAGUAAAUAAAUCAUUUCAAAAACGAUGGUUUGUUUUAAAAGGAAAUUUACUCUUUUAUUUCGAUCGCCGUGGUGACAAAGAACCAGUUGGUGUUAUCAUUUUAGAAGGUUGUACAGUGGAAUUGGCAGAUGAUGAAGAACAAACAGAGCAGUAUGCGUUUAAAAUUAAUUUCCAUGGAACUAAUAAUCGAUGUUAUGUAUUGGGCGCUGAAAGUCAAGAAUCUAUGGAACAAUGGAUGAAAACAUUGGCUUGUGCUAGCUACGAUUAUAUGAAAGUAAUGGUUUCUGAAUUACAACGACAAUUAGAUGAAACAGAUGUAUAUCCCGAAAUUACACCAUCGAAUUCGAUAGGUUCGGUAACUUCUCCAGUUCCACCACCUAGGCGGCAUAAUCCAUUUAAUAAAAGCACGCCAACUGUAACAAAUUCAUUAACACCAAAAAUUACCUUUCGUGAACUUCAUACAGCAUACAGCCGUCGUAUACUUACUGACUUAAAUGAAUGGAGGCAUCAACGAAAACAAUCUACAGCGGAUCUGAUAUCGUUUUAGUAUUAAUCACUGAUUUAUGAUAUAUUUUGAAAAUGCAUCUUUAGAAGUACAAAAUAUCCUAUUUACAAUGCAACUAAUAAAAUUAUUUCGAAUAAUAGGGAGCCAACUUGAAUAGUUAUAACAAGGUAAUUUGUUGGUCCAAUAGCUAAAACUAACUUAUUUUAAUUUUAAAACGAAGUCGAGCGGAUGGAGAAGCAAUUAUUUGUUAACUAUAUAAUUGCCUCGGAGCUAAUGUGUUACAUUUAUUUACUUGCAGAGAUUACUUCUAAUGGUAACCAAAAGCAAUUAUAUUAGUCUACAGUAUGUUUUUAAUGAUAACCAUACUUCUGAAACUUUUUUUUAUUGUCCUAGAAAAUAAAAUUUACAUACUUAAUUCUCCUCUAAAAUAAUUUUUAAUGUGAAGCCAUAUUCAAGUGUAGGAUGAUUAAGCAAAAAAAUAAUACUUAAAAAAUUGUCAUAAAAGAAUAACUAUCACAUUGGUGAAAUCACACUGUUUAAUUA